CCGGGGCUGGUCCGGGGCGCUGCGGGGGCGGUCCGAGGGCAGUGGCCGAGGCUCCCGGGCGAGGGCGGGAGCCUUGUCCGCUCGCCCGGCUACGUGGAGCGGGCCGGGGCAGCCGGCGAGGAGCGGAGGAAGGUAUCAGGACUUAAAAUGACCUAGAAAAGUAUUCAAAGCAUGGACUGUGAAAUGAACUCCUUCCACUUGAUACUGAAAGAAGGUAAACUGAAACUCCAAAAAUGAUGACCUGCUCAUUGGCAAGUUACAGGAAAAGUAUAUACAAGGCAACUAAAUAAGGACUGUGAUAUGAGGGUUUUGUCAGAUAAACUGUCCAAAAGAAGUACUUACCUGGAGGCUGCUAUAUUAAAUUAUUGAGCUCUGCACUGUGUGACCCUCCCUAAUACCCCAGCACUUCUACAUAUGAAAUGCUUCAAAAGAAGGAACUGCUGUGCCUUAUUUGCAACCAAAGUGAAUUACAUUGGAUAUAAAAGAGUAAUGCAGGGUGCAGAGGGCAGUGCUGCUUGAACAGUCUUACCACACCAAUGGAAAAGACUUCUGAUUUGCAGCAAAAUAUGACAUCUAUAUUUUUGCUCAUUGGUCAUUUCAUUGUACUGAUACCUCUCUUCAGUGCUGCAGAAGGGUGUGUUAUUUGUGAUUACUUUGUGCUUGUUGGAGAGCCUACAGCUAUUACUUGCCCAAUAAUUACAUUGCCAGUGCUUCACUCUGAUUACAAUUUGACAUGGUAUAAAAAUGGCAGUGCUACACCAGUGACCACAGAGAGAGAUGCCAGGAUCCAUCAGCGAGAGGGCAUGCUUUGGUUUAUUCCUGCAAUGCUGGAAGAUUCUGGACUUUAUGAAUGCAGCAUAAGGAGCCUUAAUCACUCUAACAAGAAAACUAUAAACUUAACAGUUUUUAAGAAUGAUAAUGGUUUGUGUUUUAAUGGAAAAAUGAAGUUUGAACAAAAAGUGAUGAGCAUGAAUACUGGAAAGAUUAUAUGCCCUGAUCUAGAACAAUUUAAAGAUGAAGACAAUAAUCAGCCUGAAGUACAUUGGUAUAAGGAGUGUAAACCUGGAUUUCUUGAAGACAAGCGACUUCUUUUGGCAGAGGGUGAAAAUGCUGUCUUGAUUCGUAAUGUAACUGUGCAAGACAGAGGGAACUACACGUGCCAUAUGGUGUACACCUAUAUGGGAAAACAAUAUAAUGUUUCAAGAACCAUAAGUCUAGAGGUUAAAGAAAAACCACUGCAGAUGCAACCAGAGUUUAUUUAUCCAAGGAACAAUACAAUUGAAGUAGAACUUGGUUCUCAUGUAGUUAUGGAAUGUAACAUAUCAAGUGGCAUAAAUGGCUUGAUUCCGUUCUGGCAAGUUAAUGAUGAUGAUGUUGAUAUCUUUGAUAAAACCUACAGGGAACAGUUUUAUGAAGAGGGGUUGCCUCAUGGACUUGCUGUAUCUGGAACAAAAUUUAACAUUUCAAAAGUGACAAUGAAGGACUAUGCUUAUAAAUUCUUCUGCCACUUCAUAUAUGGUUCUCAACAAUUUACAGCCUACAUCAAAUUAGAAUGCCCAGCUCGAAACAUUCAGGGAUACUUAAUUGGAGGAGGAGUUUCCUUGGUAUUUUUUGUAUUUUUUACUCUUGUUAUCUACAAGAUCUUCAAAAUUGAUAUUGUGCUUUGUUAUCGGGAUUCCUGCCAUCCUUUUCUGGGGAAAAAAGUUUCAGAUGAGAAGAUCUAUGAUGCUUAUGUUCUAUAUCCAAAGAACAGAGAAAGCUGCUUGUAUUCAUCAGAUAUUUUUGCUCUGAAGAUACUGCCAGAGGUCUUAGAAAGACAGUGUGGAUAUAACCUCUUCAUACUUGGGAGAGAUGAUUUACCAGGAGAAGCUGUGAUCAGCGUUGCUGAUGAAAAAAUCCAUCAAAGUAGAAGAGUGAUAAUUGUUUUAGUACCAGAGCCCUCCUGUUACAGUAUUCUGGAAGAUGAGUCUGAAAAGCAACUAGCCAUGCAUAGUGCUCUUAUCCAAGAUGGCAUUAAAGUAAUUCUCAUUGAACUUGAAAAAAUACAAGAUUAUGCAACCAUGCCAGAAUCCAUCAGGUAUAUUAAGCAAAAGCACGGGGCUAUCCGAUGGAAAGGGGACUUCUCAGAAAGGUCCCACUCAGCAAGCACCAGGUUCUGGAAGAAAGUGCGCUACCAGAUGCCAUCCAGAACAAGCGGCUCUUUAUCAGGGUUGCAUUUGUUACCAAAAGACUUGAAUUUGCCUUAAAUAACAAAUGAGAAAUGACACUUAACGACUGAUUCAGUUCACACAGUUGGUGAUGGAUUGACUGAAGGUCACAUCUAUCUGUUUUGUGCAAUCUCAUCCAGAUUUACUGCAGUGAAGGUACUACAGCUUCACCUACAGGUGUGAAUCUUUUUUACUUCUGGCUGGAUCAACAGAACAACUUGAAAUAUCAUCAGUAGCACAUGUAGGAGGUACACAGGUACUUUUCCAAGAAUGAUUCUGUGAAAUUCCCCUGUAUUAAAAAUGAAAGGACAAAAAACUGUCAAAAAAUUGAAACCAAUGAAGAAAAUUUGAUUUUUUUCCCUGCAAUUAAAGUUUCAGUAUGAAGGGAAUUACACUAAUUAUGGUUGUGAUACCAUGUAAUGUGCAUGGCUGGUGCCAGUAAAUGUUUGUUUCUUUUUUUUUUUUUUAAUGAAAUGACACAACCCUUUUCUUUGUUACAAGUUUUUUAUUUGCCUUGUUUGGUUUGCGGAAAGAUAAAUCCUCCUGAGUUACUGCAUCAGUGUGUUGUCAUCCAGGAGAAAAGCUCACAGGGUGCAGGCCCACCAAUGGAGUUCCAGCGACCUCAAUCUUCCUAACUACUUCUGCUGACUGGAACAGCUUGAAAAGAGAACUGCUACUUGUUAUCCCUAACUUUAGGAAUGGAAGGUUAUUUUACUGAGCCAAAAUAGUGUUUUUUAAAAAAUAUUUGUUCCUUUUGAUCUAUUUAUACAAAUGACGCUAAAAUUUUCAUGUGUGUUAUGUAAAGGCACUUGAGCAAGAGUCCAUUUUAAAAUUUAAUAAAGGCACUACAUAUUUUUUCAUACAGCA